GGUAUCACUAAUGCUUAACGACUCGAUUUUUGCAAUUGCUCAAGUGAUUGCUCCGUGCUUUAAAAUCACAGGCGACUUGAAGAGACUUGAUGACACCAUGCAGACGAUUGUUGCUAUAGCUGCGGACGCCGAGAAAUUACACCAAACGGAUGGAGAUGUUAAACGCUGGUUGGAAAUGCUUAAGGAUGUUGCUUAUGAUGUUGAGGAUGUAUUAGCUGAAUUCUCAUAUGAAAUCCUGCGCCGUCGAGCCCACGCGGACAAUCCGUUGCUCAAGGUUCCUAACUUCUAUUGGAAUGGUGAUACGUCAAACAAAUGAAAAAAUGACGCUUGCUCAUGCAACAAGUGCACAAUGUAUUUAAGGUACAAACUUAUUCCGUCGGCAUAUGAUGAAUCUUAUUCCGCCAAAUUUUAACACCACAUAUUGGUCCUUAACGUUGCUACCAGUUAAGUCAUUAUUGAAGGAGUGGAUGCCUGGACAGUAGUAGCUGCUAUGGUUGUUAGGUGAACGAGGUGUGUUUUCUAUAUCCAUAGAGUAACGCAUACAAUAGUAGAUGAGCAAGAUGCAAGCGCUUGCAUGGUAUGCAUGUAUAUCACAAUCAGUAUAUAAAGUAGUAAUCUAUAGGAAUUAUUACUCAAAGAGGGAUAACCUAAAAUGGCCUGACACGGUACUGUAAAUCCCUUUGUGCAUGGAUGUGUACUUGAAAAAAUGUCUCAAGCAGCGAUGGGAUAGGAAUCUUUGUUUAUUGAAUUAUUUUACAGAUGUAACUUGAGAUUUUUCCCCCCUGCGCUUUGCUAUACGUAAAUCAUCUUGCGUGUAUUAUUUUUGUAAAUAGAAGAU